AGUCAUAAAACCGCAUAUUCAGAGGUGAAUCGUGGGUGUAAAAAUGGGUACUUUUUGAUGAGACUGAAUUAAACAAAGAAAGAGAAGAACCUGAUGCCCCCCUUUUUUUUUUUUUUUUUUUCUUUGUAUUAAAAUUAAAUUAAAUUUUUUGGUUAGAAACCUGAUGCCCUUUUGAUGUGUGAGUGGGUGGUGCUCUUUUCUUUUCCUCUCUCUCUCUCUUGUUUGUUUUGUUUUUAUCUUUUUCACUCUUCUCCUAAGUUCUCAUUUUCUUCCUCUUUUCUCCAUCAUCAUCUCUGAACAAAAACAAAAACCCUUCAGGAAAAAAAAUAAGAAAAAAAAUUAAAGCUUAAGGAGGCUGAUGGAUGCAGAUUCUAGUGGUGUUGCUUGAUCUUUAAAAAAAGAAAAAUACCAAAGCAAAUAAUUAGAGCUAGCUAGCUCCUUUGAUAUUGCAGCUGGAAGCUGCUGUAUGUGUAUGUAUUGCUGUGAUGUGAGGUUUGCUUUGCUGUGAUGGUGGUGGGGUUUUGGAUUAGAAAGAGAAAGAUAAUUAAAAGAGGAAAAGAGAGAGUAAGAGGUGAGAGAGGCCAGUGAAUAGUGUUAUUGUUAUGUUGUAUAUGCUGAAGGCUAAGAAGUUAAAGAUAAGGCCCAGUUGUGGAAGUGGAAGAGAUAAUAGUAAUAGUAGAAGUAGUAGAACUAGUACUAGUAGUUGUUGUUGUUGUUGUGGAGAAGCUUGUGACUGUUUCAAAAACAGCACAAGAGGAGAGAAGCUUAGCAUCAGAUGUUAUCCAUUGAAAACCCUCCACCAGAUCCCUCAUGUUCUUGCCAAUUUCCAAAACUGAUUACUACUAGUAGUGAUGAGCCAAAGGUAGAUCUACCAAACCCACCCCUUGAUCAUCAUACCCCACUCCCUAAUUUCUCCAUAAGAGAUUAUGUAUUUACAGCCCGGAGUAAAGAUAUCAAGAAGAAUUGGCCUUUUUCUCUGAAAAACUUGCAGCUUUGUUUGAAACAUGGCGUGAAGGACGUGUUGCCACCAUUUCAGCUUCUCGAUACAGCAAAGAACCUGUCUUUCAAGACAUGUACGGUUGAAAGUUGUUCACUUGAGAAGGAAAACACAAGCAAUUUUGACAAGGAGCCUUCUAGGCAGGAGAAGCAUGUGCUACUAGACUCAUCAGAUGAUCCCCAGUUGAAUAAUAAGCUAGCUGAAUCUUGCGUAGACAUAAGUUCAUGUAGAUCUGGAGAAGAAAAUGAUUUUCCGUCAACAACAACAAGUGUAUCUCAAUCUGAGAUAGAGUAUCCUUCAACAAAAACUGAGAUAAAGUCACUUCCUCAUAACAGGCAAUCUAGCGCACCAACUGAGACUUGCAGGAAAGCUACAGUUGCAGUUGAAGCUGCUGUACCUUGUGGGAACAAGAAGACUGAGAGCAAUUCCAGGUCAGUAGGCAAGAAGUGUAGGCUGAUAGUGAAAUUUGGUGGCAAUUCUGAUCGUAAUUCUACUGAAGAUAUUGCUUCUAAUUCUACUACCAUAUCAGAAACAAUGGCUUCCAAAGUUUGCCCUGUUUGCAAAACUUUCUCAUCCACUUCAAACACAACCUUGAACGCUCAUAUCGAUCAGUGUCUUUCUGUGGAGUCAACACCCAAAUGGACAGCUGAUUCUAAGCUAACAAGACCUAGGAUUAAGCCCAGGAAGACAAGGUUGAUGGUAGAUAUCUAUUGUACAGCUAGACCAUGCACGUUAGAAGAACUUGAUCGAAGAAAUGGUACGAGCUGGGCCACGGUUUCAAGCUUACCUACUCAGGAGAAUGACAAGACUGAAAAUAAUAAUGAAGGGAAAAAGCAAAGGGUGUCAAUGAAUUAUCCUGAGGACGUUGGUGAUGUAGGACCUGUUUAUAUUGAUGCAAAUGGCACUAAGCUUAGGAUUUUAUCCAAGUUGAAUGACCAAUCAUCAGUAUCAAAAGUAGGGGAAGAUAUUGGAACAAGGAAACUCUUGAAAGGAGAUAAAGGAAUCAAAUACAUUUCAAACAAGAAGAAAAAACGCCUUGCAGAAAAACAUCAGAAGUGUCUAAAACUAGCUCCACAAAGCAAGAAAAUCUUCUCCCACAAAGCCCAUGGAUCUCAGAUUUCUCGAGAUCAAGAAGAAUGUCCAGAAGAGGCAAAGAAUUCUGAAAAGCAUCAUUGGAUGUCAAAACAAUCCAAGCCCAGUGAUUCUGGGACUUUAAGACCGUGGGUUUGCUCUAAACGAAGAGGUUUUACAAAGAAGAUUGCUAGUCAAGAGGGUCAUCAACCUGUGAGAUGCAAUUGGCAUUUACCUCGGGAUUUACUGGUUGAUAAUGGUCAAUCAUUUUUGGGGAAUUCUCUUGCAGAGAGGACUCAUGUUGAAAAACUUAAUUAUCUGUCUGAGAAUCCUGUGUCUUCUUCUAGAAACAGUGUGAGGACAGACAAGUCAAUUCAUAAACUCCAAAUUAGCAACAGGAGGGAGCAGUCUCCUGGGUGUAAAAAAGUGGGGAAUCUCUUGGAAGCCAGGACGAGCAACAAUCCGGAGAGUUCUUCUCCUCCAAUGAAACAAAUUCCCAACCAAUUGGGCAGUUGUGGUACUUCAGUUUAUAAUAGCUGUAUGUUGCAGCCUUCAAAGUCGACCAGGAAUCAUGCUUCUUUGCUGAAGAAGAAAACAAUUGAUACUCAUGGAGACUCGAUCAAUGCUUCUGAUAUUUCUUGCAUUGCUAGCUCAAAGUCAUCUCGAAGUGCUCAUGCAAUAGUAACUAAAGCAAUGAAGUUCUCCUCUUUUAGGAGAAACAUAUCUGUCAACAGCCAACCUUCUGGAGCUGAAUCUAUGCCUGGUAAACUUAAGAAGUGGGCAGCCCUUAAGAAGUCCCAAGUGCGCUCCAUGAAAAAAAGAGAUGAAGUAUUGACUUGGCAUUCUGAAGUUGAUCAACAAUAUGAAAUAAUGCAUGAUGAUGCAGAUAAUCAAGUUGAAAGAGAAGAAAUGGCCGAGAAGGAUUCUCUCAAUAGAAUCACUGUCCUGCAAACUAGGCAAGCAACGUUAUGCUUUUCUCAUGAGGAGGAAGCAUUGGCUUUGAGGAGCUCAAGAUCUGCAACUCAUUGUUACGAUGAUGAUAUGCAGGUGGAUGCGGAUUCUUCUGUUAGGAUUGGUGAUGAUUUUCUACAAACAAUUGAUUGCUUGGACUCUGCUAGAAAACAGGCUCAUGUCUAUGCGGAGAACAUUGUUGUUGAACCAUCUUCUAAGACUUCUGAUGGUAGGAGUACGACAAGUUUGGUUAAGCCGGUAGACUCAGAAUUUUACAAGCUUGAUAAUUCCUUAAAGGUCCAAUCUAAUUAUAGAGGGCUGUUUUGUGGGACUGAAGCACCAGCAGAUCCGACUGAGCCUGAUUUUGUCAAUGACAAAGAGAUGUUUUCUGCUGAUGAAGUUGGUAAUGAUAUGGCAAGGCAACAUGCUGAAAUGGGGGUGGAGUUGGAUUCUGAAGCUGAGCAAAGAAAUUCUUUUGCUGAGGUUGAUCCAAUACCUAUUCCAGGACCACCGGGGUCAUUUUUGCCAAGCCCUAGAGAUAUGGGCUCAGAGGAUUUUCAAGGGAACUCAUCGUUGACCACAAGCCGGGUUCAUUCUUCUCCAGAUCAGCAUGAUGUGGUUGAUGGAGAUUCCUCAGAUUCCCCUAUGUCUGCAGCCUCCACCAUCUCCAACCCAUCAGCAGGUUUCAAGUAUUCAGAACCAUCAUCAUCCUUGGGACCUUAUGCUGCUCAAGAUAGGAUUAGGUCAACAAUUGCUACUGCUGAGCCUUCAGUACAAAGUGCCGGUGUUAUUCCACAGGCAACAAGUACAGAUAUGGAAAGAACCAGUUUCAGUGGAGAGUAUUUGAAACUUGAUAGGAUCUAUAUUGAGAAGGGAUCUUUUGCUUACAAGAAUGAUCAACCAUGCUGUUGCCAAAGGAAGGAGAGAUUUAAUCAAGGUGUUACUUUAAAUUAUCAAGAAUCGCAACUAUUGAGGCGUCGUAAAAUGGCUUCAAUGACAGGUCCUGCUAGUGGAAAGCAGAUGGAUUUCAAUUCCAAUCUGAGGCUUGCGGAUAUGGAUGUGAGGCCUGAAUUAGCUGUUCCAAGUAAUUGCCCAAAUUCAGGAUCUGAGAAGGUGGUUCUCCCAGUCACUAAACCCCUUGCAAGUCCCAUUCCUUUCAAGGAUUCUCCCAAUACUGGAGUGAGGCCUCUAGCUCGUAAUGAUUCUGAUUCUGCAAGUCCAUCUGCUUCCAAUCCAGUACUCAGGUUGAUGGGCAAGAACUUGAUGGUGGUUAACAAAGAUGAAGACGCCCCUGUGCCACUUGGGGGGAUCCAACCGCAUGUUCAGAAUAAUCAUCACACUCCUCAAUUUGCAGAUUUCUCUAGACCCUUUCCUGGAAAUAUUCAGAAUUGGGAGUGUCACCCCUUGCAUCCAACAGGUCCCCAAGUUCCUGUGAUUUUUGGUCAGAACUCACAUAAAGUAGCAGGUCAAUGCUUUGAUGGUGGGCUGUCUAACAGUUUUAGAAGCCAAUUUGAUUCAAGCGUGCCUUUACAUGUUCGACUACCAGCAGGCAUAUUUCAAGAUCAGCACACAGAUUAUGGUCUUGCAACAACAUCCAUGGAUUAUCAUGAUUACAAUGUUCCAAGCCGACAUAAUAGGCUAAAGAACAGACUAAACUCAUCAUCCAUGGAUAACAUGGAGAAAGUGAUAGCAACUCCUGACCGCCAUUGUCAGCACUCAGAUUCCUCCGUAAAUCCAGUAAAAGAAAUCAUCAUCAUCGAUGACAUUCCUGAGAGUGAAAACAUUGUGAUCAGUGAUGGUGCUAAAUACGCCCAAGGCAGGAGGGAAAGCCAGAUAAGUUAUAACCUAAACCGUGUGCAUCCUUAUAAUUGUUAUCAGUCACAAGAACAUACUCCAAUUGGUAAAUCACCAAUGGUGCAUGGUGCCAGCUUGCAUGUAACCCCAAUUAAGCCAGGCAACACAUGUCCCAUCAGGUGGGGUUGCAUCUCAGAAGAUUCUGGUGUGUUGCAGCGAAGUCCUUUUCCGGCUGCAUCUUCCUCACCUGGUCAUCUAAGAUCUCCCGCACUGCAUUAUUCUCCAGGCUUUUCAUAGUGUUUGGAUGGCCAUUUCUUCGAGUUUGUGCUUUACUAGGUUGCUCAUCAGUUGUUCUACUAGACUUGAGCUUCUUCCACCAACUAGGAGUUGCCAGAAACUUUUGGGGUUUCAAAAAAUGACUUCUACAGCAGAAAAUAAUGGAAGUUUGAUCAAAGACAGGCGGCAUAAGAUUAGCAGUUGGGAAUUCAGAGAAACGUUUGUAUUCAUUUCUGAUGCACCUGAUGUUGAGUCUCAUUUGAAGCAGUUUUUCUUUUAGGGUUCUGCUUAGGCAAAUCUUAAAACUUCUCCUAAAGAUUAGAUAAUGUAUAAGCAAUCUUGCAAUAAUAGGUAACAUGGAACCUCUAGGCUGAAAGACAUGAAGUCAAAUGUUCCUAUAAAGAAAAAUUCUCAGUUCUCACCCUUGUAUUACGCCAAUUUUUCUCUUAAAAAUCCAUCCCCGUUUGAGCUAAAAAAAAAAGUCAAGUGUUGUUAUAUAAACAAUAUAUCACCUUGUUCUUUUGUGCUGUAUAAAUUUUCCUUUUCAUGCUUCA